AAGGCGCUAGAUAAGCGUGUCGCUAAAAGUACAUAUAUAAGAGCCGAGCUAUCGGUCGGAGAACCAGUCGAUCGCGAACUCCUGGCUCGACGAAAUCGUGCGGUAUCUUCCACCGAUUUCAAAUCGUUUUAUCGCGAUUGCCACCCGCGCGGGUGUUUUCUUUUUUUUUAUCAACUAUAGCCAUGGUGAUGUUGAUUUGAUAAAAAGAUUGUGGGUUGAAACAGCGAAAAGUGUACGUAAAAGAUUUGAUGUUCAAGGAUGAGUCCAACUCUGGACAAACGGAAGCAGCAGGAGGACGAGGGUCGGGUCUCGAAUAGACCGAAAAUCGAGACUUUCGAUGAUAUUCUGCCCUACAUCGGCGAGGCUGGACGCUACCAGUGGUUCCUGUUCUUCCUUCUGCUCCCCUUCACGUUGGUCUACGCUUUUUUGUACUUUGGGCAAUUCUUCAUGACCCUGCUGCCCGAGGAGUACUGGUGCAGGGUACCCGAGUUCGACAACACUAGUUUUACAAACGAGCAAAAGAUCGCGUUGUCCAUACCUCCGGCCAACAGCACCGAGGCUGCCUCGGAGUCACCUGUCCCGUACUCGAGAUGUAGGAUGUACCUUACGAAUUAUACGGAAGUGUUGUUGAAAAACUUGACCCAUGCAGAUCCGAAAUGGCCCAUUGGGGAAUGCAAAUAUGGCCACAGCUACGAUUUGACGAACGUGCCGUACAUGUCCAUCGCUUCGGAGGUGGAUUGGGUAUGCGGAAAAGCGUUCCUCGGCUCAGCAGCCCAAUCGGCCUUUUUCGCGGGCAGUAUAAUCGGUGGUCUUAUCUUCGGUUACAUAGCCGACCACUACGGCAGAUUACCAGCUCUGGUCGCCUGCAACAGCGUCGGUUUCUUUGCCUCGAUCGCCACGGCGUUUUGCCACAACUUCUGGACGUUCGCGCUGGCCCGAUUCGUCGUGGGCACUUCCUUCGACAACUGCUUCAACAUCGUCUUCAUCAUCGUGAUCGAGUACGUGGGGCCAAAGUACCGGACGCUCAUAGCCAACAUGUCCUUUGGGAUCUACUUCGCGAUAGCCUCGGCUCUCCUUCCCUGGAUCGCCUACUGGAUCAGGGACUGGAAGAUGCUGAGCGUACUGAGCGCGCUGCCGCUCGUCGUGGCCUUCGUCACCCCCUGGAUCGUUCCCGAAAGCGCUAGAUGGUACAUAACGAACGGCCGAGUGGACAAGGCCGUGGAGAUGCUGAAGAAGUUCGAGAAAGUGAACAAGAAGAGCGUGCCACCUGAGGUUUACGAGGAAUUCGAGAGGAGCAGCCGUGCCACGCUGGGUGGAACCGAGCAGGGCAACAACCACACGGUCCUCGAUCUCUUCAAACGAAUGCGCCAGGCUCGCAUUACCAUUGUCCUCGUUGUUAUGUGGUUACUGAUUGUUUUCGUGUUCGACGGCCACGUGUGGAACAUGAAGCUCCUGCACUCGGACGUUUUCACGUCGUUCUCCUUGGCUGCCAUGACGGAACUACCAGCAGCCAUAAUAUUGGCCCUGUUUUUGGACAGGUGGGGCAGACGCUGGAUGGGAUUUAUGUUCAUGUUUCUGUGCGGUGUAUUCUCCUUCGUCGCCGUUGGACAGGCCAAGGGAGCUCCAGCCAUGACGAUGGCCAUUAUCGCUCGCCUCGGUGUCAACGUCUCGACUAACAUAGCUUUCCAGUGGGCGGCCGAAAUGUUGCCAACUGUAGUCCGGGCUCAGGGUAUUUCACUGAUCCACAUUUGCGGAUACUUUGCUCACAUCAUGGGGCCCUACAUCGUCUACCUGGCGAACGUCCAUCCAUCUUUGCCUCUGAUAGCGCUGGGUGCCCUGUCCAUCCUCGCCGCGCUACUCGCCUUGACGCUACCCGAGACGAUAGACCAGGAGCUGCCGGAGACGCUCGAGGAGGGCAACGUGUUCGGCAAGGAGCAGAGCUUCUGGUGGAUCCCUUGCGUAAAAGCGACGCAGGAGAAAAAAAAAAAGUACAGAAGAAAGCAGGGCGAGGUGAACAUGGGCUUCAGUCAUGGCAGUUUGUACAGGAUGAGCACUGCUUCUAUUUGAAGGGGCCGACUAUGUGACGAUGCGCCUUAGUAUUGCUAACUGUGAUGAUGCAUGCGGAUAAAGUUUUGGAAGUAUAUUAAAAGUUGUGUCAUACGUACCUAUA